AUGGCGACAACGACAGUCAAGCCCAGCGUGCCAGUCGGCGAGGAGGUUAUUCACCUCUCUGCUCUGGACCAACAAGCCCAACGGCACUAUGCGAAACCAUUGCUGUUCUUCGAGCUCGAUCACGAGGGGCCAAACGAUCCCGUCCUCGAGCACCUCAAAAAAAGCCUGUCCGUCGCCCUGAGCGAGGCACCUGACUUUGCCUCAACCGUUGCACCUCUUCCUGGCUCGACGAGGAAGGAACUUCAGCUUCAAUUGAAUCCGAAAUCUGGGGCGUCAUGGAGAGUUUUCGACCAUACGGCCGAGGUCAACAAGGGCGCUUGGUCAUAUGGGUCAUUUCAAGAAUUGGCGGCCAAGCACUUUUCCCUCUCUGACGUGCCGACCGAACUCCUAGUGGACUCGACACUAGUCGACAUUCCUGAGGAUGUACAGGAGCUCCCGGCUCUCAGCAUCCAGCUAAACCUGAUCAAAGGCGGCAUUAUUCUUGCCAUCUGCUGGCAUCACACCGUCUCCGACGCACGGGGGUUCAACGUGCUGCUCAACUCAUGGGCCCGUCAUACGAAAGAGUCAAUGUUGCGUGGCGAGCCCGACGACGCCAUCAUCCCGGCGGAGGAGGCACGCGAUCGCUGGCGCCUCGACCACGGAGCCGCCAACGCAACCAUCGCCCAGAUUCCCGAGUAUGUCGUCGAUGCCAACGCGCGGUCUCCACGCUCGGCUGCGUCGCUGCAUCUCCUGGAUCGCGAGGAUCCGCUCGGUGCGCCUUUCCAAAUAAGCACCUGGUAUCUUAGUUCGGAAUCUCUCCAAAGCCUGCGCGACUCGCUCGGAGCAGACGGCAAUUCGGGCGCCUUUACGCCCGUCGAGGCCGUCAGUGCCCUUUUCUGGAAGCAUAUCAGCCGGGCGCGUGGGCUCCUCGACCGCAGCGAAGAAGGAGCAACAUCCUUGUUCACAACCCGUCUCGAGUUCCGCGCGCGUCUAUUACCCCCUCUAAGCGGCGACUACAUCGGAAAUAUCUGCGAGCCAAAUGCCCACGCGCGGCUUCCCCUCUCGGAACUCUGCUCGCCCGCGACGGGAACAUCGCUGGCCAAGGUGGCGUCCGCCAUCCGCGCGGCCACCGAGGCUGUCGACGAUGCCGCCGUGCGUACCUACAUCGGCUUGAUCAACACGCUGCCUGCUGUCACGGACUUGACAUGGAAUUACAACGGCUUUCCUGGCCCCGACUUUGGCGUCACGGACGUGUCGGGCUUGGACAUUUGCCGCACGGACUGGGGUCCGUCGCUGGGCGCCCCGGUCUGUCUUCGCUUGGCCUAUCGUGAGGGAGGGCUUUUGUAUCUGUUUCCCAUUGACCCGCAGGGUGGGUUGGAGGUCCAGGCGCUUUGUGAGCCCGACGCGCUGGAGAAGUUGAAGGCGGAUGAAGGACUGGCUAAGUUUGCGACUUUCAGGGGCUAG